GUGAAAUUUAGAGUUUUAGUGUUUUCAUAAUUCACCAUUAAUAAUCCUUCCCAUUUCUGGCACAACCUUCUUUUCAUCUUCUUUCCUUGGACUGGUGUGGUAACCAAAACCCAUGUUUAACCCUAAGACCUCUUUAAAAGAGCAGUGAUUUUUGCAUUCAUGCAUCAACUAAUUUCACAAUUUAACUUCAAUGAUUUCUUGCUUGUCUCAAAUGUAGUUUCUUUUGAUAAAAGUGGCAAUUUGAAAUGGAUCACAUGUGGUUUAAGGUUUAAAAAAAUAUGGUUCUGUAGUGUAGCAUGUCUCAUCGUGUGACACCAUUUCAUCACCAUUCUAUCCGUCUGUCAAAAGGAUGCUCUACAUUUCACAAAAGAAGAAACUCAUCCUCUGUCUUUCAUUCUUCAUUCCCGUCAUGGAUCUAAAAAAAUCUCAUCCGUCAAGUACAUUUUGAACUCAUGAAAUUGGCAUGUUUUAUUGUAAACCAUUUUACCUCUAUAUAUUGAAUUUUUGAUCAGUUCUUAAUAUUUUCUUUUUUAUUGCGUAGAUCAAACGUUGAAAACUAUAGCUAGGCCAAAAAUAUCAAGUGCUGGAAAAUCUGUAAAGGAAACAAUCACCUCACAGACCAUAUCUGAGGCUCGUGUUGAUUCUCCUUUAACCACUAAGGAAAUGGAAACAUAUGCAAAAGAAUUCCGAUCAGUGGAGGAACCCAGCUAUGAAUAUAGUGCUUUUGAAGGUGUUUCUGAAAAGUCCACUAUUAAGAAGAUUGCAUCAGUAAAAAUGAUGGAGGCUGGACAAGUGACUAUUGUGACAAAAUCUGAGACAAUAGCCCCAAAGAGUCCCACAUUGCUUUUGAAACUCAAUGAUCUAAGGGUUAAAGUUGGUGGGAUGGCUCAGUUCAUCUGCUCUUUUGAUGGACAGCCCUUCACUGAGAUAGUAUGGGAGCAUAAUGGAAGGAGACUUAUGGAUUCAGAAAGAGCAAAAUAUUCUCAAAAUGGAGGUGCACUGUGUCUUUCGAUCUUCAAUGUCCAACUUGCGGACCAAGGUUGUUACAGAUGUACAGUAAAAAAUAAAUAUGGUGAAGAGACAACAUCUGCACAGCUUUCAGUAGAAGCUAAAGAAGCAAAAGCCAAAGCAGACACACAAAUUCCCUCUGAUUCAGGCAGUAAAAGUUCUAAAACAGACAAAGUGUCCCAUAUAAUGCCCUCUGACCAAGACAAACAAGAGCUCCCAGCAAAAACUACAGGAUCUCAACUAUCUACAGCUCAAAGACCAAGUGGAACUCAGAGACAGAAAAGCAGAGAUUAUUAUCCAGAUGUUGUGCCCUGUGAAGAACCAGAAAUGGGUGCCACCAUUCCUGAAUUUCUUGAAAAACUAUCCCCAGAAAUCACUGUACAAGAAGGAGAUGAUGUAUCACUCUUCUGUGUUAUAAAGGGCAUUCCUGCUCCUUGUGUUAUUUGGCUAUACAAUCAGUUGAUUGUCCAAGAGUCUGCAUCAUAUUCAUUGAAACACGAUGGCUCCCUUUGCAGUUUAAAUAUAAAGAAAAUUGAUCCCAGUCAAGGUGGUACUUACAUAUGCAAAAUAGUCAAUUCUGCAGGAGAAGCUGCGUGCAGCACACAUCUCAGGGUCACAGGUUGGCAACUGCAUGUUUUGGUCCUUCAGAAUGUGAAUGUGAAUUCAUCGUUCGUUUCACUUUUUUCCAAUUAUAUCAAAGGAUUUACUUUUUGGGGGUAAAAAAGGUUCUUAAACCAACAUUCAGAGAAAACAGCAUGACAAAGCAUGUUACAAAAAUAAAGGAAAGUUUUGCGAAGCCUAUAAAACAGUUGGCUAUAGAGUUAAACUAUUCUGAUACUUUUCACUUAUACUUGUCAAACAAAAACCAUCAAGCAUGUAAGACUUUUUCCUGUAAAUUAUUUGAAAAAAUACAAAGUGAGCCAUACUACCAUGGUUAUUAUAUAAAGUGUAUGUGAACCUUUAUUUAAAUCUGUAUUGUU